AUGAUGUCAACCUUCUCCAGCCGGCUCUUGACAAACGCCACGAGCCUAUUCGGUAUACAGGGUCCAAAGAUCAAGGUUAUCAGAAUCAUUGCGACUGGCCCUAUCAAGGUGGAUAUCAGGGUGGUCAGCCAAGUGAUCUUCCUGCUCAACCUCUCCCUCCUCGACCUGGGCUGCAUCUCCACCACCCUCCCCAAAGCCAUGGCCAAUUCCCUCUGGGACACCAGGGCCAUCUCCUACACAGGAUGUGCUGCUCAGGUCUUUGUACUUCUUUUCUUCCUUGAAGCAGAGUGGUCCCUUCUCACCAUCAUGUGCUAUGACCGCUACGUGGCCAUCUGCAGACCCCUGCACUAUGGGACCCUCCUGGGCAGCAGAGCUUGUGUCCACAUGGCAGCAGCUGCCUGGGCCUCUGGGUUUCUCACUGCUCUGCUGCACACAGCCAGUACAUUUUCACUGCCCCUCUGCCAGGGCAAUGUCCUGGGACAGUUCUUCUGUGAAAUCCCCCAGAUCCUCAAGCUCUCCUGCUCACACUGCUACCUCAGGGAACUUGUGGUUAUUGUGGUUGGUGCCUGCUUAGCAUCGGGCUGUUUUGUCUUCAUGGUGGUGUCCUAUGUGCAGAUCUUCAGGGCUGUGCUGAGGAUCCCCUCUCAGCAGGGAAGGCACAAAGCCUUUUCCACCUGCCUCCCUCACCUGGCCGUGGUCUCCCUGGUCAUCAGCACUGCCAUGUUUGCCUACCUGAAGCCCCCCUCCAUCUCCUCCCCAUCCCUGGACCUGGUGGUGGCAGUUCUGUACUCAGUGGUGCCUCCAGCAGUGAACCCCCUCAUCUACAGCAUGAGGAACCAGCAGCUCCAGGAUGCUGUGCAGAAACUGGUGACUGGAGGAUUCUCAUAA